AUGUAAGUUAGUUUAUAAGAACUUCGCUCUAAAUUCGGAAUUCUAUAUUCUGAAUUAGUGAAAAUUGAUGAAGAUGAAGAUUAGCCUUCAUAUAAUUUAACAUUAUUGUAAAAUUAGAUAAAAUUUGAAGGUUAAGCCGCUUUUUCGAUUUUAUUGAGAGAAACUAUAAUUAGUUUAUUAUCAUACUCAAAAGAAACAAUCUAAUUUUAAAAAUCGUUGUUAUUUCUCAGAGUAAACAUUAUAUAAGCUUAUGAUAAUACUAUUUUUUUAAUUGAUGAAUUUACAUAGAUUUUAAAUGAUUAUUCUUCAAAUAUAUUGUUUUUUUGGGAAACCAUUUUAAUUGCAUAAAUAAUUUUGUUUAGUGCCCCUUUUAUAAUAAAUCUUAGAAAUUGGUAUAGCUUCGAAAAGAGACAUAAAUAUUUAAUAUAAAUAAUUUCAAGAAUUAAUGAAGAUUAAGCAUCUAAAUUAGUGGAGAUAAAACAAUAAUAAAUAUAAAAUUCUGAAACUGAAAAGUAAUAAACUAAUAUGAAUCAAUCCUAUUACACUUGUAAAUCUCCUUUGAGAUUGAUGCAAUCAACCAUUAAUUAAUCUUACCAAAACCUUCGAUCCAGAGAUUCAUAGUUUUUAUAUGAGAAAAUAUAAAAUAAGUCGCUCGACAUUAUAAUAAAGUUAGGAAUUGCUUUAUUUUUAUAUAUAACAUUAGUUGCAUUUGUAACUUUUGGUUAUUUCUAAAUUUAACUUAGCGAAUCUUAACAUAGGCCAAUAGAAAAUUUGAUAAAAACAUAUGUGAAAUUUGAGGUAUAACUUGGGUAUUUGUUAUCCUUUGCUACCAUUUUAAAAGGGCAACAUUUAUUUUAAGAACAAUUUAGUAAAAUUAACGAUCCUGAGAUUGGAGACAUUAAAAAUUACUUCUAGGAAGAUAAAGUUCCAAUAUAUUUUUAAAAUAUCUCUCAAGUCUAUUAAAAAAAAUUAGAAUCGAUAUUUUCAUCUAUCAUAUUAAGUGAUUAUAUAGAUGAUAAUGAUAAAUCAGAACUUUACGAUCUUUACAAAGGCGAUUUUUGUUAUUAUUUAAAUGACAUUUUACCUUUUUGCAAUAUUACUAUUCCAUUGAAUCAAUUUGAAAAUAUUUAUGGCUAAUUUUACCCUUAUGAAAACAAUUCAGAAGUUCUGAGGAAAGGUAUCACUGGAUUUAUUAGUAAUUUGGAUUCAUUAUUUAAGAAUGAUUUUGAAAUAGAAAUUUCAUAAGGGAUCUAUUAAAAGAAUAACUCAAAUGAUAUUUAUUAUUAUAAGGAGUAUAACAACCUUGUAGUUUAAUAUUUCUUUAACAUUUCAUAAGGAUUUCAACUAUUUUAUGAUAAGAUUGAUAUUGUAUCAUAGGAUCUCAUAAAACAAAAGAAAAACAACCUAUUAGUUUACUUUUACACAUUUGGCUUGACAUUUUUGUUUAUCUAUUUCGUUACCACAACAAUACAUAUCAUUUGUGCCCAAAGGAGAUACAAAAAUUGUAUCUUAGGACUUGUAACUUUAACUGAAGAUUUAUUGAAUGACAAGACUAACCUUAAUCUAUUGAAGAGAUUGAGCAAAUGA